GAGAAGGACCUAAGAAUAAAGCGAUACAAGGCGUUACGGGUCUUGCUCUUGCUCUUGCUGUACAUGUGCCCCGUUGGAGAGGCAAAAGAUCUUGAUGUCACAGUUGGCUCGGGGAUUUCAAAACAAGACGAAGAAGAGGAAGAACGCGCGGGUCACCCUUAACACAGACCCGCUGAUGUCUUAUUAUAUAGUGAGGAAAGACUAAUAUAACGUGACGCAGGUGAGAAGCAGAGCGUGUGAGUGAGAAGAAGAGAGGAUCAAGAGAAGGAGGACCAGCAGCGAGGCGAUAUUGGUCAGAGAGAGGAAGAAGAAGGUCAUUACUGUUGAGGUGAGAGGGAAGGACACCCAUGCCGCGUAAGAGGAAGGCUUCCAAGGCUCUUCAUGAGCUUUGGGAUGAAGAGGAAGAGGUAGGCUGUGGGCUUCCUGCUGAGACACUACUUCAUGAGGGGGCAUUCAGCUCCACCAAGGACACCCUCCAGCAACCUAUGGGAGGAGGGUCACCCAUGGGCUACACAUGUGAAAGGGGCAAUCGUGGGGGAACCAGCGAGAGUGAUGAUUCAAGAAGUCACAGUGGGAGGAAUCGCAAGGCAAACAAGAGACCGAGAAUGUCCGAAGAAGCCUUGCUGAAGAAGAUGGUCAUCACCUGUGAAUGGAACAUGUGCAGUAAGGAGUAUCAGAAGGUGGAACACUUUAUGGCCCACAUCACCGAACACCUCCAGGCCAUAACAGAGCCUGAGUCUAAUGAUGGCUACCUGUGUUACUGGAGGGAAUGUGAGUUUUCCUGCAGCGCAAAAGAAGAGAUGGAUCGACAUGUCUACUUCCAUGCAUUUCAUACCAAGAUUAAAAGCAUUGGGGCAGUUAUCAUGGAGGAAAGAGAUGAAAAAUGCAUUUUGGAUUCACAUGGACGCAAUUUGAUUCCUGAGGUGCCGGAACCUUUUCAGUGUCUUUGGGAUGAUUGUAAUGUGGAGUUUGCUUCGGCACACACCUUCUACUGCCAUACAGAGGGUCACGUCAGAAGCGCAGACCAGGAGGACUCAGGGAAGGGAUACAUAUGCGCUUGGAAAGGGUGUUUUUCAUCAUUUUCAAGACUCCGAGGACAUGUUAUAAGUCACACUCAGGAGAAGACGGUUGGCUGCCCUAACUGUGGGGCACUCUUUGCUUCCCACUCAGGACUCCUUGAACACUGCGUCCGACAAAUCCCCCUUGAGUCUCAGCAGUACAAGUGUUCCCAUUGCUCAAAAAGGUUUCCCAGCGAGCCAUUGCUUCGCGCCCAUCUACGCCUCCACAUCAGUCGUUACAAGUGCCCAGAGUGUGAGUGGACUACACACUUCAAGCACACACUGGAGAAGCACAUAUUUUACUGCCACAAGAAAGACAGGCCACACAAGUGUUUGGAGUGCGGAAAGAGAUUUGCAUACGUGAAUGACCUUAAUCGCCAUCUGCCAGUCCAUUCUGUUGAACCUGCUUACGGCUGCGAUUUCCCCAACUGUACCUACACCUCCCGCGCACUGACGUGUUUAAAUAAUCACAUAAAAGUGGCCCACAACGGGUAUGCCAAACAGCACUAUGCCUGUCAUUUGUGUGAAUCCAAAUACACCAUUGGGGCAAACCUCUCUAGACACCUCGUCAAGAUCCACAGCUUAGACCGGCCAGCAGGACACAGUAGGUUCAGAUACAACCUAGACGAGGAUGGAUUUUACCGGCUGCAAAUGGUCUGUUAUGAGAGUAUAGAGCAGGAGACUGUCGGUGAACGGGAGGAGGACGAUGAGGCAGUGGAUUCCCCUGAGGCAUUGCCGUGUCCCCUCUCCCCUGCCUCUCUCAGCACGCAGGGCAGCCAGCUCUCGCCAGGGGUUCCGUCACUGCCACAAAGCAAAUGCGAGUUUAUCUCCUUGUGACUCACCACUCCCUCGGGGUCAACAAGGAGGAGGUGCUUCUUGGUGUUGUUCUGCAUCCCGGUCAGGACGUACUGGCCCGCUGUGCCCUGGGACUCCCUGACCAGGAAGUCCCCGUCCUGUGGGAUGGAGAAACA